AUGCCUCCUCGAGUCAGCGCCCGCGCGCCAGUCGCCGCGGCGGAUGCUCUUCUCCUAUCCACGAGCCGGCCGCGUGCCGUCGCUGCCGCACCACAGACCUGCGCCUUCUCCGCGACGCCGUGCCGAGAGAAGAGCAGCGCCGCGCGGCGGAAGAUGUUCGCGUGGAUUCACAGCGCCAAGGGCCGUGUGCUCGCCAAUAACAGCGGACCCGGGACCCUGAGCGGCCAGCCGGACGUCCCCUUCCCCAACAACCCGCUGUUCCGCAGCGAAAGGGUCGUCAACGACGCAACCAAGCAUCUCAUAUACCAACGUGCCACGCAGGAGGGGCAGGCGCUCAAGGCCAUUGCGGCCGAGAUGGGCCUGGACGUUCGUCGCGUGGCGGCUAUUGUGAGGCUAAAGGAGGCACAGAAGCAGUGGACUAAUUCGGGCAAGAAGCUCGCCACACCAUACUCCAAGGCCGUGCAAGGGCUGCUCCCAAAAUGGGGCUACUACCCCGGCGAGCCGCAGCAAACGCCGUUUGAGCCCGUCAACGACAUCCACGUGCACCGCUACACGAUGCAGCAGCUGUUCGUGCCCGUUGCCGAGUCGACCGAGUUCACGCGCGAGGACGCCGCCGCGGCCUUUUACGACAACAUGCUGUCCGUCGACAAGCGCUCGCCGCAAAGUGGCCUCAUCGACAUGGAGCGCCGGAACAUUGCUAAGAAGGGCUCGCGCAAGGCCAACUGGCAGGCGUUCCAGGAGGCGGAGCGCCAGCGCGAGGACGAGUUCGCGGAGCGCCUGGCAGCGGAGCAGGCGGCCUUGGAGGCGGCCACGACGCUCGUCAAGUCGGACCGCUACGAGUUCCGCUUCCGCGAGAUGAACGCCGAUGACGCAGGCACGGACGGGCGGUCGCACAAGGGCCUGGGCUGGCGCUACGGCGCGCCGCACAUGGACCGCAAGCGCGGCAUGAUCAAGAUUCCCAAGACGGUGCCGUAA